CUAGGGCCACAAUGACAAAAUAAAAUUUGUAUACAUUUGUCAUUUUUGCAAAUAAAAAAAAGAGCAGAAAAUAAUGGAAGCAAGCAACGCAAGUGAUGGGUACCCGUUCAGGGUCUCCGUGGCCCAACAAAAAAGUGGUUUCAAUUUUCUUUCCUUAUUGGAAAAAAUGUUUAUGGCCCUUUUCAGCAACGGUUUGUAACUUUUGACAAUUGGCAUGGCGUCUACAUCAAAGAAAUGGGCACGGGACCUCUAUUUCGUCUCGUCCAGGCUAUACUUUCUUCUAAUACUUUUCCAACUCCCACUUUUCAGAUUCCCUUGUAGAAUUGGUACAUGUACCACACCAAUUGAAGUGUCACUAUCUCUGUUGUACGCAAAUGGAGUUGUUCCGGGAGGUAUGGUAAAAGCCCUGAUUUACCCAGGAGCAGUAGCUAAAGCCAUUUAUAAGAACAACGCCAUCCCAAGCUAUAACAAGCUUCUAGAAGCUUACAAAUUCACCAAUAUGAAGGAAUCUCAUGUAACACAUGAUCUACAGAACUUAGAGGUUAUAGUAGGAAGUUACUUGUCGGUGGCUGGAGCACUAUUGGGUCUAAUGAAAUCAGGGAGAUUUAGUCUUAUUGGGAUUCUUCUCAUUACAUGGGGUCUUGACAAGCAAGUACUUUUUAGGAAUUCCGCAAGUGUAGUCAUCUACCCAACUAUGCUAAUUGCUUUGCUUUCUGCCUUCUUUUCUAUCAGAGCAGAUGUCACAAAGAUGAUACGUUUCUCCAAACAACAGGCUUCUAUUAGAAAUGAACAAAAGCAAAAGAUAACUAGAGUUAGAUAUGCUAGUAAUUUUGAUGCUGACAAGUACCAAGCACUGAGUCACAGUGGCAAACGUGCAUUUAUUUUCAUACUUCAUCAUGGUGACAAAAUACUAUGUUUUCUAUAGAAGUCUUUUAUUUGUUCUGGUGUCAUUAGUCAUCACUUAGAGAGAAAAUUAAGUAAAUAUAGUAGGCCCUGUCUUGUUUGUACAAUUAGAAGUUAGUUUUCUUUAAAAAAUUAUUAACACCUGCAAUUCAUAUACAGAAGAAAGAUUCAUGAUUUGUGGUUGAGUGAUCAUUACUCCUUUAUCUUUUAUUAAGAUAUAACUUGAAUGAAUUCGUGUUACGAAGUCGUCUUCGAUAGAAACAAAGACUCAAAAAGCAGAUGAUAUUUUCAUUUUCCAAUAGAGAAUCUAAUGUGGGCCUAGCCCUCACUUUUGAUGAAUCAUAUGGAGGGACCCAGCGGCAGCAAGACAAAGCACCAUCGUACACUAGAUUCUUUUCUAGUACAAAGAAUCUUGUACUGAGAGUUCAGUGACCCCCAACAAGAGAGUCGGCUGCAUCAUGGAAGCUGAGAAUAUUCUCAGAAUCAUAAGAAAA